AUGGCAGCCUGCCAGGGCCCCCUGGGGCGCCCUCUCCACCGAGUGUCCCUCCCUGCCCACUGGCACCAGGCUCUUUUUCUGAGUAAAGUGGGCAUUGAAAUGGUGCAGCCUCCUUCUGUGGGGAGGAGUGGGCACGUGGCUCGAGAUACAGCCCCACCCCGGCUGGCCACCCUCCGCAAGCCGCUCCCCUUUGUGGACCUCAGGUUCUGUGCUGCGGACGUGCGGGACUCGAAGCCAGUGAUAAAUAUUGAGCUAGAGGACCGGAACACUAGCUCUAUAACUUUGAACUGGACAGCUUCGCUGAACCUCAACCAAACACUGGACAGCUACCGGAUCCAGUGGUCAAAGGGAGACAGCCUGCUAGGGACUCAGGAAACAUCGGAUACCAGGGUCACAGUGACAGGCCUGGAAGCUGGGACUUCGUACACCUUCACACUCUGGGUUGAGAGGAAUGGUAUCGACAUUACAGAUGAGAAGAUUAACGCAUCAACAGUCCCCAAUGCAGUUCCAAGUGUUGAGGUGCAGGGCCGCAGCACCACCUCCAUCACCUUGGCGUGGACAGCUCCCCAGGGCCCAGAACAACCACCCUACACCUACUGGGUCCAGUGGUCAAGAGGAGACAGCCUACAAGGGAACCAGAGCACAUCAGAUACCUGGGUCACAGUGGAGGAGCUGGAGCCUGGGACCUUGUACAGUUUCGCUGUCUGGGUUCAGAGAAACGACGUCAACAGUGUCAAAGUGACAACUGAUGUGUCUACAGUACCCAACGCAGUUCCAAGACUUGAAGUGCAGGACCGCAAUACCACCGCCAUCACUUUGGCGUGGGCAGCUCCCCAGGGCCCAGAAGAGCCACCCUACACCUACUGGGUCCAGUGGUCAAGAGGAGACAGCCUGCAAGGGAACCAGAGCACCUCAGAUACCUGGGUCACAGUGAAGGAGCUGGAGCCUGGGACCUUGUACAGUUUCGCUGUCUGGGUUUGGAGGAAUGACGUCAAUAGCACCAGUGUGGCCAUUGAUACGUCUACAGUCCCCAACACAGUUCCAAGUCUUGAAGUGCAGGAUCGCAACACCACCUCCAUCACCUUGGCGUGGACAGCUCCCCAGGGCCCAGAACAGCCACCCUACACCUACGAGGUCCAGUGGUCAAAGAAAGAAGACAGCCAACAGCAUAGAGAAGGAACCUCAGAUACCAUAAUCGUGAUCAAGGAGCUGCACUCUGGGACUUUGUACUUCUUCACUGUGUGCGCUCAAAGGAAUGGAGUCAGGAGUGACGCCAGGGAUCUCACGGAAGCCACCGUCCCCAAUGAAGUCACUGAGCUGCAGAACACAAGUCAGACCAACAGCUCAGUCACCUUGCACUGGAAGCCCCCAGCGGACCCCUACCCUCAGUCCUAUGUAUACUGGGUCCAGUGGGCCAGUGGAGGACAGUCACAGAGGGCGACCCACCCCCAAGGAGAUGAGAUCAACCAGACAGUCAAGACCAAUGAGACUCAGUGUGUGGUGAAAGCCCUCUUACCUGGGACUCUGUACGACUUCACGGUGUGGGCAGAGAUGAACAACGUAUCCAGUUCCACACAGAGCCUCCGUGCAUCCACAGUUCCUGACCCAGUCACCAUCACCUCCUGUGUCAGCAUCUCGAGUGGUUACGGAGUCUCUCUGACCUGGUCCUGCCCCUUGGGAGGAUAUGAGGCCUUCAAGUUGGAGGUGGACGGACAGCAGGUUGUCCAGGACAAGUCUUCCUGUGGGAAGGACAUCCCUUUGUCGGGGCUCCAGCCGGCUCGGUCCUACCUGGCCACUGUCACAACCAUGUGGGAAGGAAUGAGUGCACCUGCUGCCUCUGUGACCUGCCAUACUGAGAGCGCAGGAGUCAUUGCUGGUGCCGUGGUGGGCGUCCUUCUGCUUCUCGUCCUGGUGGGCCUGCUGGUUUUCUUCUUGAGGAAGAGGAAAGAGAAGAACCAGGAGAAAGCAGCAUUGUGGGAUCUGGCCUUCAGUUUCCCAGAAGACAUCUCGGCUGAGGAUUUUGCCGAUCACGUCAGGAGGAAUGAGAAAGACAGCCAUUGUGGAUUCGCAGAGGAAUACCAGCAACUAACCCUGGAAGGACACAAUCAGCCCCAGACGGUGGCCUCGGCUCCUGAGAACAACGCCAAGAAUCGCUACAGAAACGUGCUACCCUAUGACUGGUCUCGGGUGCCCCUGAAGUCCCUCCAAGGAGAGCCGGGCUCUGACUACAUCAACGCUAGCUUCAUUCCCGGUCUGUGGAACCCCCAGGAGUUCAUCGCAGCCCAGGGUCCCCUGCCCCAGACGGUGGGCGACUUCUGGCGUCUGGUAUGGGAACAACAGAGCCACACCCUGGUCAUGUUGACCAACUGCAUGGAGUCUGGCCGGGUGAAGUGUGAACAUUACUGGCCACUAGAUUCUCAGCCCUGUACCCAUGGGCAUCUGCAGGUGACUCUCGUGGAUGAGGAGGUGACCGAGGACUGGACAAUACGGAACCUGAAAGUCUUCAAUAUGGAUGAACAGAAGACGCUGUCUGUGCGUCAAUUCCACUACGUCGCCUGGCCGGAUCACGGUGUCCCCCACUCCCCAGACCCCUUGCUGGCCUUCUGGAAAGUCCUCCGCAAGUGGCUGGACCAGAAGGUGGGGGACGGUCCAGCCAUUGUGCACUGCAGUGCCGGCGUGGGUCGCACGGGUACCCUCAUUGCCCUGGAUGUCUUGCUGCGGCAGCUGGAAACUGAGGGUGUCGUGGGGCCCUUCAGUUUUGUGAAGAAGAUGAGAGCAAGCCGCCCCCUGAUGGUUCAGACGGAGAGCCAGUACGUGUUCCUGCACCACUGUAUCCUGAGGUUCCUUCAGCAGUCCUCCACAGCCCCGGCGGAGGAGAGCACGAACGGGGAUGUGGGAGACCUCAUCUACGAGAACAUAGCUGUGGUCAAAACCCAGGAGCAGCAGGCGUCCACGGCAACCACGGACAGCGCUCCGCUCCCGCCCGCGUGCGAGGGCGGGGUCCGGGCGGGGCUGGCGCCUCGGUGUCUCCCCGGAGGGUCGGUGCUGCGAGCAGGUAGGAACCGCUGGGACCUCCCCUGCCUGAGCCCCAUCCUCGCACUCAUCCCCGGAGGAGCCUCGGGGCUGGAGAGGGAGUGCAAGCGAGGCACUGAGCGAGGGAGCAGGAAGGCUGGAGCGAGGAACAGGGAGAAGGGGAUUGAGACAGGUGUGGAGGCAGACAAAGACGGGCGAGGCGGCGGGGAAGGAAAGGAGAGGUCCUGGGACACGACCACGGGCAGAGGAGGCACCAGGGCAUGUCCUUUCCGCCUGCAAGAAUGGGAAGAAGGAGGGGAACUGAGUCUCAGCUUUCAGGGCCAGAUGUGGAAAGGGGAGCCAGAUGUGAUGCACGGACAAACGGACGAAAGGACCACAGACUGA